AUGAGCAUGAUGAUGAUCUCGUUCCUCGAAGGAACCGAUCUCGCCUGUGUACGUAUACACACGCCCUGUCAGCACAUUCGAAGACGUCGGUAUAUACAUAUCAAUUUAACGCCGACACCCUUCUUGAAUCAGAUAGCGAUGGCUCUAAAGGCUGCAGGGCUGCUGCUGCUCCCACAGAGUCACCGUGAUGUAAAUCCGGCCAUUCGUACCCGACACAAGGGUUCGGUGAUAUUGUUGCCCCAACACGGACAUGUAGAUCAAGCCCGCUCGUCGCGGUAUGAAAGAAGUCGCUCUACUGCCAAUCCGAAACACAAAGAUUCACGGUCGUUCAAAGUGCACAUCCUUCGUCCAGAGCCGCUCAUGUCGGAGCCAAUCGGGCAUGGCAUUAAUGGAGCGCGGCGGCACGACAAGGUUCACUUCAACACGUUCCGGGAGCGCGGAUGUAUAUCAUCAUAUGCGCUCUAUACGGAUGCAAUGACUUUUGUGGACCAAACAGAGGCGCUUCUGCGUUAUCAGUAUUCAGUACUGAGCAUCGGCGGGGGAAUCGAAAGACCUACGUGUCCGCAAUACCUGCGACAACUCACAAUCAGCUCGACGAGUACGGCAUCCGGUACAGCGAUAUCCAUCGAUCAUGAUCAGAGCGGCGCUAAACUGAAUAAACGUGAAAUGUUCCCUCAAAUAUGGCUAGCCAAGGUGAAGAGGGGGCUCUUACGAAAGUAUGAGGACGAUACGCAUAUCUAUCAAGAAGAUAUGGAUACAAUGUAA